CUGAGGGAGAAAAUGAAUGAAGAGAUAUCAGAUGUGGCGUCGCAGUUGGAGCUCUCUUGCUGAUUCAUAGUGUAGUAUGGGCCUAAAAUGACGUCUGAAUGAUGACAUCAGUCUGCCACCGAAUGUCCUCAUCGGGAAAUACAGUCAUCACCUUCCUCUCCUUCACCACCAUGCCCUCAUCUGCGACUGGCGUCGUCGACGCCUUCAAGAACCUCAUCCGACAUGGAAAGCAUCACCACCACCAGCAAGCUCGAAACGACGAAACUCCAGCCCCAGUAUCACAACGCGCUCCUUCCCAGAACGAACAGCAACAUAAAGCGCCCGAGAAGCGCCACGUAGAAAAGGAGAACGCUGGAGUAGCGCACCGUGAGGCAGCCCAGAUCAUUGUCCAAGAAGAACGAGAGGCGAAGGCCCAAAUACCGACGUACAAGGGUCUUGAGAACUUCCAGCUCAUCGAGAAGAUGGGAGAUGGUGCCUUUUCAAAUGUCUACAAGGCCAUCGACCUGACGACUCAGAAGAGCGUAGCCGUGAAGGUGGUUAGAAAGUAUGAGCUUACCGCGUCUCAGCGUGCGAACAUCUUGAAGGAGGUCCAAAUUAUGCGUCAAACACAUCAUCCUGCCAUAGUCAAGCUACUGUCUUUUUCCGAAUCGCCUGAACACUAUUUUCUUGUCCUUGAACUGAUGGAGGGUGGCGAGCUUUUCCAUCAAAUCGUCAAAUUAACCUACUUUUCCGAAAAUUUGUCGCGGCACAUCAUCUUGCAGGUUGCUCAGGGCAUUCGAUAUCUGCACGAAGAGCGCGGAGUUGUCCAUCGUGACAUUAAGCCAGAAAAUUUGCUAUUCGAACGAAUCCCGAUACUACCCUCCAAGCAGUCAGUUCACCGGCCUUACGAUGAGGAGAAAGAGGACGAGGGUGAAUUUAUACCUGGAGUAGGCGGAGGUGGAAUUGGACGGGUCAAAAUUGCCGACUUUGGUCUAAGCAAAGUUGUCUGGAACGAAGAGACGAUGACGCCUUGCGGCACAGUCGGCUAUACUGCGCCGGAGAUCGUCAAAGAUGAAAGAUACAGCAAAAGUGUCGAUAUGUGGGCUCUGGGUUGCGUUUUGUACACGCUGCUGUGCGGAUUUCCGCCCUUCUAUGAUGAGAGCAUCAGUGUCUUGACGGAGAAGGUGGCGAGAGGUUAUUACACAUUUUUGAGCCCGUGGUGGGAUGACAUUAGCGGUAGUGCCAAAGAUCUUAUUCAACACCUUCUCUGCGUUGAUCCCGCUCAACGUUAUACGAUUGACGAAUUCCUUGCUCAUCCUUGGUGUAAUGCUGCUCCAGCUCCACCACCACCUCCUACGCCGUUCAUCUACAACAAUCCUCCUUUAUUGGCGCCGCUCGACUCUCCGUUACUGUCUGCUGCUCGUGGAGGCCGUGUAGAAGGUCGCAGUCCCGGCUUAGCCACUCUUAAAGAGGCUUUCGACAUCACUUACGCUGUUCAUCGCAUGGAAGAGGAAGGAGCACAUCGGCGGAAAUACAAGGGUCGAGGCGGAGCAGGGGCACGCGGAUUCUUGCAGGGGCUCAACGAAGACGAUGAAGAAGAAGAAGAAGAAGAAUACGAAGAGGAUAUUGGUACUGGUUGGCACAUCAGAGCUUCACCUACUAUAGCGACCGGCAGCGCACAACGGACCGGCAACGUUUCCGCUGCUGUACCAUUAUCUACCAGCUCGAAAGCACGACGGGCAGGGCCUAGAAUGUUUGAGCUUGAUAUGGAUAGCGCGACAUUGUUAGGACGAAGACACAAACGGGGUGCUGUCCCGGGUAGUCCGUUGGCUGGCGAGCUCUUCAACAACGGUUCGUUACGGCAAGAAGCAAUCGUGGAUCCUGGAAGCCCCAUGCAGAUUUGAUACCUUUAUUCGCUAUCAAUGCCCCCACCGAUUCAUCCUUUCAUGAUCUCGGUGAAUGGAUACUGCCAUUCGUAGGUCGUAACUGGUGGUACCGUUAUACCCGAUAUUACUCCCUGAUCCAUCGCUUGUUUCGAGUCCUCAUACGACCCCCUUGCAUUUUUCUUUCAAGGACAUCAUCCCCCGCACAUCACGCAUAUAUAAGUUUGUAAACACCCACAUAUAGCAUGUAUGUAUGUAUUGUGACUUUUGCACAUAGGUAGGAUAUUGUAUUCCAAUAAUGCAUAUACACACGUACAAUUGUGGUCUGUCACCGCUCUCGGAUAUUUAUAAUGUCAUGCAAGCAAUACACUACGAAUUCUGAUUCAUUUUUACAAUACAUCUCACUUGAAUACGGAGGAAGACGGAGACGUGAUCUGACUUUAAACAUGAAGGAAACGGG